CAAUGUCGCAGUCACGAGCGCCGACCCCAGAUCUGACGCAGCCUAUCUAUCCACACCACAUCCGCAGCCGUCCUCUUGCCUCUUCUCUUCCCUUUCUCCUCAACACUUUUGUCCUCUGGCUUGAGCAUUCUGGUGUUCAUCAGCAGGACUUAUUGUCAUCGUUCUUCGCUCAUCUCUCUUCUUCUUUGUUCAUUCACUCCACCAUGAAGGCCGGCGCUUUGCUAGGUCUCGCCAUCGGCGCUGCUGCGUCACCCAUCUUCAAUACCGGGUCCAUACCCGAAGCACCACUCCUUCAGUCGGUUAACGCAAAACACAUCCCCAACACAUAUAUCGUCAAGUUUAAGGACCAUGUGAAGGAGCAUGAAGCCGCCGCUCAUCAUGCGUGGGUGAAUGACCUGCACGUCCAGACGGAGUCACGGAAGCUUGAGCUCCGCAAGCGUUCGCAGAUUCCUUUCGUUGACGAUGUAAUGACCGGCAUGAAGCACACAUACAAUAUUGCCGGCAGCUUCUUGGGCUAUUCUGGUCAUUUCGAUGACGCUGUCCUCGAACAGCUGCGGAGACAUCCUGACGUUGAAUACAUCGAACAAGACCAGGAAGUUCAUACGCUUUCCGAAGACUACGAAACGGAGAAGAACGCUCCGUGGGGUCUUGCUCGUAUCUCCCACCGUGACACACUCUCCUUCGGCACAUUUAACAAGUACCUGUACUCGGCCAAUGGUGGCGAAGGAGUUGAUGUCUACGUUAUCGACACCGGCACCAAUGUAGACCACGUUGACUUUGAGGGACGUGCUACCUGGGGCAAAACUAUCCCCGCCAAUGAUGCUGACGAAGAUGGCAAUGGACAUGGCACCCACUGCUCCGGAACUGUUGCUGGCAAGAAGUAUGGUGUUGCCAAGAAGGCAAACAUUAUCGCCGUCAAAGUGCUCCGCUCCAACGGCUCCGGAACGAUGUCCGACGUUGUUAAGGGUGUCGAGUACGCCGCUGAGUCACACUCUGCCAAGAUGGCCGCGGCGAAAAGUGGCAAGGCCAAAGGCUUCAAGGGCUCUGCUGCAAACAUGAGUUUGGGCGGUGGCAAGUCUCCUACUCUAGACAUGGCCGUCAAUGCUGCGGUCGAUGCUGGUAUUCACUUCGCUGUCGCUGCUGGCAACGACAACGCAGAUUCGUGCAACUACUCUCCUGCCGCCGCUGAGAAGGCUAUCACUGUCGGUGCUUCUACCCUCGCCGAUGAACGUGCUUACUUCUCCAACUAUGGCAAGUGCAACGACAUCUUUGCUCCCGGCUUGAACAUCUUGUCCACUUGGAUUGGCAGCAAGUACGCCGUGAACACGAUUUCGGGUACAUCCAUGGCUUCGCCACACAUCGCCGGUCUGCUCGCUUACAUGCUCUCACUACAGCCAGCAAAGGACUCUGCUUAUGCUGUCGCUGAUAUCACACCCCAGAAACUCAAGGCCAACCUUAUCUCCAUUGCCACUGAGGGCGCACUUUCCGAUGUUCCAAGUGACACCAAGAACAUCCUUGCAUGGAAUGGUGGUGGAGCCUCCAACUAUUCUGACAUCAUCCGGAAGGGCUCUUACAAGGCACGCGCUCAAGAGGAGAAGAUUCACAUCCAACUCCCUACCGAGACGGAGCUGGAGGAGGCUCUUGAACACGCCGGCAAGAAGAUGAGCAAGGCCGGUAGCAAGCUUGCGGCCAAGAUCGAGAAGCUGACUGACGAGAUUGAGGAUUUCGUCGAGGAGGAGCUGCGCGAGUUCUUCGCAGAGAUGAACUGAAGCAAGCACACUUGCUUUAUCUAUCCCUUCCAGAUCAGCUUUUUUGAUCAAGUACGUCUGACGAGCAAUUCUGAACAGUGGUCAUGUAGUGUUCGAUCGCAUUUUCUGGCUAUUUCGUCUCACAGUACUGUUCGCUGCGGCGACUCUUAUCGUCUGUAUCUUGGAAUGCUUGUGUGCGCAUUGGGAUCUCAUAACGGCGUCGGAAUGAUGGGUCGCGCAUCUUUUCGAAUUGUGCUUUUUUUUCCUAGUGUCAGAACUCGAAACGUCCGUCUGUCUAACCACGUUGCUUUGAUCGAGGAAAGCUUCGUGUAUAUACAUAUCUAAGCAUUUAGCCAGUUUUCUCCGGCCCGAAGGCUCGGAUAUGGAAAUGCAAGACAACGAUCUAGAAGAAGUGCCCCAUGCGUAUGCGUGUAACGUCAAUCACUUUGUAGACAUCAAGUUGCCCGCGCAUGGAAUUUUUAAUUGAGUCAUCUUAAAG